AUGGAGGGCCAGUCUGAGGCACGCGCCCUCCGCGCCCACUCGCCCUCGCGAGCUCCUCAGCGCUCACCACACGCCUACGUCGCCGUGACACACGACACACAUGGCGUGCGAGCCAUUCUAACCUGCUCUGUAAUGGACAAACGCGCGACCAGCGGCCGGGGCGAGCCCAUCCCAAGCAUACUUAAGAAACCUAAAGGCCGGCAAAAGGGUGACCUUCUCGAUAAGAGCACAAAGAUCAAACGUGAGAAGGCGGAAGGGUCAAAGAAAAACGGAAAUGUGAAUGCGCCACUUCAGCAGGGUUGCUCCCCGCUUAUGUAUGCGUGCCAGCAAGCAGACUACAAGGCAGUUGUCGACAUACUCAACAAGGACCCGGCGGCAGUCCACGUACGUGACCGUGGUUUACGGUGUGCCCUACACUACUGCGCAUCGAGUGGCGCUGGUGCAAGUGCUGCUGCAAGGGCGGCGUGCGCCGACCGCGUGCUGAUGGCGGCGCCAGCGCUUGCGGACGCUCGUGAUGCAGAUGGCCUGACUCCCCUGCAUCUUGCUGUCGUGCACGGCAACGUUCCGCUCGUUCAGACUCUUCUGGCUGCCGGGGCUGAUGUCAACGCAAGAGACGACGAGCACCACACUGUUGUACAUUGGGCAACUGUGUGUGGUGAAGUUGGAGCACUUCGGGCGGUGCUAGCAGCUGGUGCAGACGCAGCUACUCCAGAUCAGCACGGCGGGUAUCCGUUACACUACGCAGCACAAAUGUGUGGGGCUCCGGCUGCUACUGACCAUCAAAGCAGGGGCGCUGCUUUAGAAGUGUUGCGAGCAUUGGUGAAGGAGGGUGGAGCUCGCGUAGAUGUGCGAGAUGCUGAUGGACGAACACCACUAUUGUGGGCUGCAUCAGCAGGCUCAGCAGCCGCAGUACUAGCAUUACAUCAAGCAGGGUCUAAAGUCGACGAUGCUGAUAGAGAUGGGUUAACUGCUCUACAUUGUGCAGCUGCUCGAGGGCACACUGAAGCCUUAGAAACCUUAGUCGGCUUAUGUGGUGCACGAGUAGAUGUAGCUGAUUCCCAUGGAUGCACUCCAUUGCAUUAUGCGGCUGCAUUAGGCCAUGCUGAUGCUACGUCAGCUUUGUUACAACAUGGAGCGGAUGCCCAUCGGCAAGAUAGGAGGGGACGCAGUCCUGCACAUACAGCUGCCGCUAAAGGACAAAUCGAAACUGUACGAAUUCUUGGAGCAAGAGGCGCUAACCUGUGGUUGCGAAAUUCUAAGGGUGAUUUGCCUUUACAUGAAGCGGUUGCGUCAGGACGGCGAGAGUUAGUAAAAUGGUUAUUAGACGGCAGACCAUCUCAAGUUAAUGCUACUAACCACGAGGGUCGAACUCCGUUGCACAUAGCAGCGACUACAGAUAACGCCGAUCUUUGUAGACUAUUAUUAGAUAGAGGAGCUGAAGUUAAUCUAGUAGCAAGGUCAUCGAGAAACGAACCGCUGACACCAUUGGACUGUGCAACAAUUCGGGGACAUAGAUCGACAGCUAAAUAUCUUCAAAUGCAUGGCGGCUUACCGGCCUCAAAAUUGUCAAAUACGCAAAUUGUAAUAGAUGGAGCACCAAUAACAGGAUUACCAACGCGUCGAGUUACAAGUACUAAAAUAGAUGUUCAUGAUAGAAUAACAAUAGAAAAGAAGGAAAUAGUGGAAAUGCCUAGCCCAGUUCAAGAAAGACGAAGAUUAAAAUAUAGGGAUGACAGUGAUUCAUCUAAUGAAUCUUCUUCUUACAGUGAAAAAGUAAACCGAAAAAAAACUGAAUCUAGAAAAUACGCAGAUAAGCAUAAGGAGAGGAGAAAAAGACUAAUGCACACCCAAAGGAGUUUUAGCGAUGGGUAUGAUAGUGAACUUGAUGGUUACGAGAGAGAAAGCUCACGAGAAAAAAAACACUCAAAAAAGAAUAGAUCAAAAAGUGAGCCUUCGAGACGAUAUAAGAGUAGCCCCAAACAUCGUCGUCGGUAUCGAUCACGUUCGGACAGUUCAUCGCAUUCUGAAACUUUUUCCGAUAAAAAGAAAAAUAAACGACAUCAUAAACGUAGUAAAAAAAAAACAACCUCGCCUUCGGAAACUAGCAGUUCUGAAUCGAGUGAAAGGCGUUACACCAAACGAAAAGGAAAAAAAACUUCAAAUCAUAUAGAGAACGAUGAUGAAAAACAAAGUGUAAAUAUAAUUAAGUAUAAGGGUACAGAUUCUCAGGUUGCUGACAGAAAUGACGGUACAGUUUCUGAGGUUGAAGUUAAAAGUGAAAUUAUAAGGUCGGAGCCUGAUAAGGAAGAAAUGAAAACCGUAAAAUGUGUUGCACAGAGUGAAACUGAAACAGACACUCUUUCAGUAAAAACUAAUAUGAUUAUCACAGAAGCUCAAAUUCAUAUGGAAAGACAAUCUAGUCAACUUGGCAAUUCAGAACUAAACGUAAGUGUUGACUCUGCAAAUAAUGUAUCUAUUGAAACGUCGAAUUUAUCAGUAACACAUAAAGACUUGACUCCAGAAACUAAAAUUGCUGAUGAAAGUAUUAAUCAACAAAGUGAAAAUAAAGAUUCUACCCCUAAAAAACAAGAUAGCAUUUUAAAGAAAGAUGGAUCGGUGACAUUGAAAGAUGAAGUAAAUAAAGAAAUGUCUACUGAGGAAAGUAUUACGCAAAGUAAACUUCAGACUGAAGAAAACAAUAACAAAAAUGUAGAAUUAGCUGAACAGGCUAAAACAGAGAAUCAUGAGUUUCGAGGCAAUCUAUUACAGGCAGUACCAUCUAAAGCUGAGGUAGAUAUUUCGAGAAACGAUACUUGCGAAGAAGGAAGAACCGAUGGCGAAGGAGGAAGAACAGAAAACACCGACGGCGAAAUAAAAGUUACUUCUACUUCAAAUGUAGCUUUAGUACGUAGGAAAUCCUUUCAAGUUCUCUCUGGGCCGGACGAUACACUAGUAAACAAAGAGGUUUCUGUAGAGUCAAAGACAAGUUUAGAUGUUCCUAGUAUUGAACAAACUGAAACACAGGAGAAGAGUAGUUUACCAGCUGUGUCGUUUUCAAACAAAGACGAAAUAUUUGUAAGUAAUGAAAGUAAAGCACAUCAUUAUAUGGGCGAAUCCGUUGAUCACAGCUUAGAUCCUGAAACGGAUACACAAGUUCAAGACAGUAUCUUGCAAAAGGACAGUAGUGAGAGCAAUGCUAUGAGCUCAGAAGAGAAACAUAAAGACUAUACUUCUGCUAUAGAAAGCAGUACUGAAAAUACUCAAAGUCAAGACAAAGGCCUUGUAGGAGUAUUUGAUGACACUACGGAUACUAGUGACCGAGCCGUACAAAAAGUUAUUCUGGAAAAUAUUUCUGGCGACUAUGAUGUUAAUUUGGUAUUGCCACAAACACCAAAGAAAGUUAGAAAAAUCUCUAAAGAAAGUCAAGGCAGCAGUCGAAAAAGUAGUAUUUACGAAACAGAGAGCUACAAAGUACUUUCUGAUAUUACUGGUGCACCUGAUGUCACGGGGAUUUUAAAAAAAACGUCCAGUAAAAUAGAUGAUGGCUCUUUGGAAGAUGAACGAGAGUUUAUAAGAGAAAAGGUCUCAAAAGAUGAUAGUUACAUAGGAAGAGUUCCAAGCAUCAGUGAUAACGAGUUAUAUAGUCAUAGUGAAGCAGAUGGACGCAGAAAACGGUUUCGUAAAAAAGGCCGUACUAAGAGUCGAACAACUGUUAGAUCGAAGAGUGAAAAUUCAGAACGCGGGUAUGAAUCCAGUGGUUUAAUGGAUUCUGGUUUUGAACCAAGUCCUAGAGCUCAGCAACGUUGUUUAGCGAGCCCACGCCUUGCCGCUUAUUACCAACAAAGAAACGCCAGUGGAAAGUAUUCAGGAAAGUCUGAUAGUAAAAUUCCUGUUCGAAAGCCAGGUGACAAAUAUGCCGUAGAUAUGAAGUCGGUAACUCAGAGAAUUCAAACUAAUAUGAGACGAUACUACUGCGAGAGGAAGAUUUUUCAACAAUUAUUGGAGCUUAAACGGCUACAAAUAAGAACGAGCAAAGCAAAUGAAGCUGUCCUAGUAAAAAGAGCUAUUGAAGAAUAUAAUAGGUCAAGUUUAUCGCAUGUGGGACUGGGUCCUUACAAUAGCCCAGAUUACUCUUUUAGCAGUUUUGAGAAGUUUUUAUAUGAAAGUUUGCGAAAGUUACAAAAAAGUGGCAAGAAGCAAUUGGAUAAACUACCAGAAAGGCCUAUAGACUUUGACUAUGGAGAGAGUGAAUUAUACAAAAUGACUGCUAUUCCAGAUAAUCCCUGCCUUUGUACCAGCAAAACACAUCGUUGUUUUCAUGCUGUACACGCAUAUACAGGGGUACCAUGUUCCGCAUAUAUUCCAUAUAAGUGGGACCACCACACGAUGCCGAAACCUAUGACCGCCGGUUUGAGUUCAAAAUCUAAAGGAUUUCUGCCAAAAAUUAGUUCGAAGCCUCCACCCGGUACAUCUAAGGCACACGUGACACUGGAGGUAUCCCAUGGUACUGAGAAGCAGCUGAUAGCAUUACCGGCUGAGAAGCUUGACAAGAACAAACGAUAUUAUGUGACAUUUACUGUAAAAGGUUCUGAACCGACAUCGGAUAACGAUAAUUCUACUCUUAACGCCGCACAAAAUACUAAGAGUGUACGUAAUGGCUGA